ACCCCUUCCCGUAUGUCGAAGACUUCUAACAAGGGGACCCGGUUCCGUUUUCCUCCUUUCUGUAGACUGCAAAGAGGACCCCGUGAGACAGUAACAGGGGGAUCGUACAGGAUAUAUUAGCAGCAGUUACUUUUUAAACUGAUUAAUAUUACGGACGAGAGAUGAGCAUCGAAACGCUUUUAGAAGCAGCGAAGUUUUUGGAAUGGCAAGCCCUGCAACAACAGAAAACACGUGAGGAGGAUGAACUGAAGGAGAAAUUGUGCCUCAGUCAGCAGGUGGAACAGAAGCGGGCAGAAGUCACCUCGUAUGCGCAGACAGUACGGAUCAAUCAUGUGACCUGGGGGGAGAAGUCCUGUCCAGAACCCCGCCCCACUGCGGUCCUGCCCCCAGCCCUCCCGUCUGCAGUACCCAUCACAGUUAUACCCAUUCCUUUGGUGUCAGCCAGCCCCAAAGCCAGACCCCCUGCCCCUCCCACAACCCUGCUCCCACCCAUACCCCCCCACCUCAGCCCCCCCAGUAAGGACACCCACUCCCCACCAUCAGCCCCCCCACAGCACCAGCAUCUUCUGCUGGCCUCUCAGGUAAAGGUGGAACCCACAUCUCCACCUCAGAAUGUUAACCCCAAACAGCAGCAGCCUUACCCUUCCAUGGCCCCUGCUCCUGCCCCCGCUACCACCCUUGCUCCCCCAGCUCCCCAGCAUGGCCUUCUUCCACAGCCCAUGCCCCUGCAGGCUCCGCCCAGCCUGGCCCUCCGGCCUGGCGCUAUAGAGGACGCCAAAAAGAGGCCAGGGGGGACAAGAGAGGUUCACAACAAGUUGGAAAAAAACAGACGAGCACACCUGAAGGAGUGCUUCGAAACCCUGAAGAAGAACAUCCCCACGGUGGAGGAGAAGAAGACGUCCAACCUAAGCGUUCUGCGGAGCGCCCUGCGCUACAUCCAGACGCUGAAGCGGAAGGAGAAGGAGUACGAGCACGAGAUGGAGCGGCUGGCGCGGGAGAAGAUCGCCACGCAGCAGCGGCUGGCGGAGCUCAGGAAGGAGCUGAGCCAGUGCCUGGACGUGCUGGAGAUCGAGCGCGUGCUGAGACUGACCGUGCAGCCCGAGGACGACCAGGCCUCUACCUCCACCGCCUCCGAGGGUGAAGACAACGCCGAGGAGGACGCGGAAGAGGAGGGCCGGCAGCCUCUGUCCAGCACCCCGCCCAAAGUGCCUCAACUGCAGCCUGAGCCCGGCAAGCCCGCCCCCGUCCCCGCCCCCGCCCAGCCGAGCCCCGCCCCCCCGCCGGCCAUCGUGCCCGCCCCCGUGGCGGCCCCUGGGGGCCAGCCCGGCGUCAUCGCGCACGCCGCCUCCCACGCCUCCGUCAUCCAGGCCGUCAGCCACGUCAUCCAGGCGGGCUCCAAGCACGUGGCGCACAUCGCGCCCUCGCCCUCCGCCCCCGUGCAGCUGGCGCCCCAGCCCAUCGGCCACAUCACCGUGCACCCGGUGGCGCACCUGGGCCAGCCGCUGCCCGGCCUCUACCCGCAGCCCGUCGCCGUGUCCGUCUCCCAGCCCGCCGUCGUCAGCCACAUCGCCCACACGCUCAGCCACGCCCAGGUCGGCGGCCCCGCCCCCGGCCCGGGGGCCGCUGUGGGGGCCCAGGUGGUGGCGCACCCCCAGCUCGUGGGUCAGACGGUUCUCAACCCGGUCACCAUGGUGACCAUGCCCUCCUUCCCGGUGAGCACGCUCAAGCUGGCCUGAGGAGGGGGGCGGAGCUUAAUCUGGGACUGAGAGAUGAUUGGCCCCUCGCACGCAGCUGGGCACAGAGUGACAGCACCACUGACCAACCAAAAAAGUCAAAAACUCAACAAGGACUGAAGGGUUUAAACUGUAAAGAGCAACUCAGAACAUUCCAAAAAACUCAUUAUUAUUUUACCUUUUAGUUGAUGCAGAACAUAUAUAUAUUUAAUGAAAAAAAAAAACAGACUGUUGUGUUUGAGUCUUUGGUGGAGUGUGCUGUGGAAGCAGCUGUAUGCUGUCUGGAGUGAGGGGAUGGAGCGACACACUGUUCCACCAGGGAGCUCAGCACUGAGAAUCAGUCUAAAGCCACAGCGCAGGCAGGUGCAGGGGCAAAGUGCGAUCCUACAAGCAGCAGCUGAAUGGGGAUUUGAUGUCACGUGUUGCGUGUGUUGAUGUCACACGCUUUCUCGAUGACACUUGAGUUUUUUGCAAUUUUCAGGUGACUGGCUUUUGGGGACUACAUGGGGAAUAGAUCCAGACAGUUAGCCUUUUGGCAGUAAGAUUCUCACCCCUCCCACUGAGCCAGUUGCUGCUGUUGCAUGUGUGACUCUUGAGCAUGAUUGUUCUGUCAGGGCUUAGCACUUAAAACAUAGAAACUGCACAUUAUAAGCCAGCUUUGUCUGUAAGCAGAGCUGUGAUGUGGAACAGUCUGUCUGUUUCUUCCUCUUUGCUGAUAUGAGUCAGAGCAGUCACACAGCCUGAAUCUCAUCUCUACUGUAAUGAAGCUCUUCUGUACUAUGUGCUUGACUGCCCUCUGCUGCCUGGAGGGUGGUACUGCACAAGCUGCAUUCAUCACUGUCUUAAGGGACUCGCAGUAGUGCUAGUCCCUUUGAGCUUUACAUCAGUUCACCACUAGAGGGCACUGAUCAGCCGAGGACUUGAAACAGUCUGAGAGGUGUGUAAAGGGUCGGUCAAGAUCUUUAGAGGGGGGCAGUCAUGUCCGGGGGGAGGGGGGAUUGGGUCAAAGCAGUGGGCCAUCCACGCCCAUCCUUUCUUCAGAGAUUCUGCGUUCUCAGAUUGUCCAUUGCUCAUACAACACUGUGCCUCUGUGGAGAAUACCAUUUAAGAAAGGGUUUGCAGCGCAGUUUCUCACACAGGUUCUCAUUUUUAACAGCAGCUCCUUUGUGUGGUUUAUUUGUGAAAUGUUACGUCCAGCUGGUCCACCUUUUCUGUGUGUGUUCUCUUUUUUUCUGUUAGGGUACAUGUGCUUGUCUCUGGUGCGUGCUAAUUGCAGGGCUUUGGGAGGGCUCAGAGGCCACUGCCUUCGUUGUGUAUAAAUGUGGUGGGAGUUGCGGUGAGCUUCUGUGGCCACAUGGGGGCAGUGCAUCUCAUGGGUAACACUACUGAACAGCCUCCCCUCCAACCCCUCAUCCAUUUGCAUUAUGGCUACCUGUGCGCGGGUUACUGUCAGGUUUGGAAUCAUGGAAUCAUGCUCACGUGUUCCUGUAAACGCAUGAGGCCAACCUCAUCAAUGAUCUUUCACAAUCACUCCAAAUCAGCAGUUUACACAUUUCCACAGGACUCGUUACAACUGGCAGGAAAACA